AUGGCUAUUAAGGACUUGAGCUCUGAAAGUGCCCCCGGGCUUGAUUGUUAUAAUGGCUAUUUCUAUCAGAAAUGUUGGAAAAUUAUUAAAAGAGGUGUUACUAAUUUUGUUCAAUCUUUCUUUGCAGGGAAACAGUUGACUAGAUUUUACUCUCACUCUUGCCUCAUGCUUAUCCCAAAAGUAGAGGCACCUACUAGUUUCUCGCAAAUGAGACCUAUCAGUCUUAGUAAUUUCUCAAACAAGAUUCUUUCUAAGAUUGUUGCUUCCAGGCUUAAUCCUUACCUCCCUAGACUUAUCUCGGAUAACCAAAAUGGUUUUAUUAAUGGUCGGCUAAUUACUGAGAAUGUUAUCCUUGCUCAGGAAAUUGUGCACAACAUUAGUAAAAACAAAAAAAAGGAGAAUAUGAUCAUUAAGUUAGAUAUGGAAAAGGCUUAUGAUAGAGUUUCAUGGGUUUUCUUGUAUGCGGUCUUAAAGAAGAUAGGCUUUAACGGGAACUUCAUUGAUAUCAUCAAAAGACUGGUAGAGGAUGCUUGGUAUUCUGUUUUGAUUAAUGGGGAUAGGAAAGGUUUUUUUCACUCAUCUAGGGGACUCAAACAGGGGGAUCCCCUAUCACCCUUUCUCUUUGUAAUUUCUGCUAAAAUAUUAUCCAAGAUGCUUAAUAACCUUUUUGAUAACAGAAAAUAUACAGGAUUCACCAUGGCAAAGGAAGGACCACAGAUAAAUCAUCUUGCUUACGCAGAUGAUGUGGUCAUUUUCACCUCAUGGAAGAAGAAAUCUUUGAGAAGGGUCAUGAGGGAGGAAAAAGAUCUGCUAUUUUACAUAUAUGACCACAAAGAUUAUGCAGAAAGCUGGAGCAUGGCAAGGGAAUCUCCUCUCAUAUGGAGGGAAAGCAGUCAUAAUCCAACAAAUACUGCAAUCCCAAACAAUGCACCUACUCGCUGCUAUAUCCCCCCCCCCCCCAUAGAUGUCCUGAAUCAAAUUGAGAAAUACCUACAAGAUUUCUAUUGGGGACAGAGAGAAGGCAAGAAGAAGCAUCACUGGGCAGCAUGGGACUUCCUUUGCUAUCCAAAAGAUGAAGGUGGUGUCGGUUUCAAAAGCCUAUUUGAUAUUCAGACCUCAUUUGAAAUAAAGAGAUGGUGGAGAAUUAGAACUCAGGAUAACCUCUGGACUAAGUUCAUGAAUGCCAAAUAUUGCAAAAGAGUCAACCUUGUGGCAAGAAAGUGGACUUCAGGGCAGUCUCAAAGCUGGAAGGAACUUAUGAGGAUCACGAUAGUUGUUGAACCUCACAUGUUAUGGAAGAUCAACAGGGGAGAAAGUUUAUUCUGGUGGGAUAACUGGACCAGAAUUGGUCCUUUAUCCCUUUAUGUCAAUAGAAACAGGGCAAUGGGAAACUCUCGAGUCAACGAAUUUAUUAUAGAUAACAGGUGGAACAAUGAGAGGUUACAGGAUGUGGUGCCUCCCAACUUACAACAGUAUAUCAAUCAAAUUCAUAUCUUUGAUAGAAACAUUCCUGACAAAUGCUACUGGAUACUCGCUCAAGAUGGUGUUUUCAGUUGUGCUACGGCUAGGGAUGCUAUAAGUCCUAAGAAGGCUAAAAAUGAUACCCUUAAUACCAUUUGGCACAAGAAGAGGUGCUCAGCCAGAUUUAGCAAGAUUAAAACUUCUUUCUCAAAAGUGAUUUAUGAGAUUGUCUUUAAUCUCAAAGUUGCUCUAAGAAAGGUUUUUAACUUUGUUCCACUAGAGGCAAACUGGAGGGACCUCUGUAUUCUGAUUGAUGGCUAUAAACCAAAGCUGAAAUUCAUCCAUGUAUGUUGGUUGAAGCCCCUUUCGAUGGCUUUCAAACUAAAUACUGAUGGUAUUUCGAUGAGCAAAGAUAACAAAGCAGGAGCGGGAGGCAUUCUUAGAGAUCAUCAGGGGAGUAUGGUGAUGGCCUUCACUGUCUCCAUGAUAUUCUGCUCUAAUAAUAUGGCUGAAACUCAAACGUCUAACUUUGGACUUAAAUGGUGUCAACAGAAUAAUGUUAGCAAUCUGAUUUUGGAGAUAGACUCUAAAUUAGUGGUAGAUAUGAUUAAUGGCACUUGUAAACCUACUUGGAAAAUUCAGUAUUGGAUCACGGAGAUACAGGAAAAAGUUAAGGCUCUCAAAGCUAUAGUGACUCAUUGCUACAGGGUGAUCCAACUCUACCUCAGAUUCUUUGGCAAAGUUUGGUGCCACUGA